AUGAUUCGCGCAAAACAUCGGUAUAAAUCGAAUAUAUCCGCACAGUACUUUUUCAUUUGGAUAGCUGCCUUGUUUGUUGUGACCUGGUUGGGGUCGUGCCCCGUUAGUGCUGAAGAAGACUAUCAUUGUAUAUGGUAUGGACAAUGUAAUACAGAUCCUCUCGGGAGAAAACAGAAUUGCCCUUAUACAGGCCCGUCAAAACCUUUGGAUGGAGAGGGGCAAGAAAUAUUAAAAAAAUGGUGUCCUAAAUUUUUCGAAGAUAAGGCUCCCGGCUCGUCUAUUACAACGUGUUGCAAUAAACAACAGCUGGAUGCCCUCGAUCGCAACAUAGAAUUGGCUGCCAAUUUUCUUCAGCGAUGCCCGUCGUGUAUGCAAAAUUUGGUUCGCCACUUGUGCCAAAUUACUUGUGGCGUUGACCAAAGUAGAUAUAUGAAUGUCACCCAAGUGGAAGUAAACGAUGAAGGAAAAGAAUUCGUAUUGGGCGUAGAUAUGUAUGUUACUCAGAAAUACAUCGAAGGAACAUUUAACUCGUGCAUUCAGGUGUCUGUGCCAUCGACAGGGCAAUUGGCUCUGGAUCUAAUGUGUGGUGAGUGGGGAGCUAGCCGCUGCUCACCGCAAAAGUGGUUCACGUAUAUGGGCGAUGCAGAAGGAAAUCCUUUCGUACCGUUUCAAAUGACUUAUGUUGUGUCAGAUACACCUGUAGAAGAAUUUGUGCCCCUGGAUCCAGAGAUAACACCUUGUAGUAAAGCUCUGAGCUCAGAUGUUCCACCUUGCAGUUGUGUGGACUGUGAAGCCAGUUGUCCUGUACCUCCCCCGGUACCUCCAAAGAAAGGGCCAUUUCUGAUAUGUGGCAUGAAUGGCUAUGUUGUUAUUAUGGCCAUUGUUUUUGUAAUUGGAACUCUCCUGUUUCUUGGAGUUCUGUAUAUGCAGUGGAAGUGCAGUGAUCAUUACUCAAUUUCUAGUUUAGUGCGAGGUGAAGGUGUAGAUCCUGUGGGGCAGAGAUUGGCUGGUUUAAAUCAGUCAAGAAUUGCUCUGGGUGCUGAUGAAGAAGAUAGCCCAUUGAGAUCUAAAAGAUCCAGUGUUGUCAGCGCGGAAGGUGCUAAUAUUCCUCGUCAGAUAGACUCGAGUGCAACAUUUUUGGAACGUCUCGGAGCUGAAACUGACCGUAAAUUAGAACAGUUCUUCAGAUGGUGGGGAACUUAUUGUGCAUCAAAUCCAUGGCUUGUUUUGUUUUUGGGUUUGUGUGUAGUUGUGGGAUUGGGGCAUGGCAUCAAAUAUAUGAAGGUUACCACAGAUCCUGUGGAAUUAUGGGCUUCUCCUACAAGUAGGUCUCGUGUGGAACGGGAAUAUUUUGAUAGUCACUUUGAACCUUUUUAUCGUACAGAACAAGUUAUAAUUAGAGCUGUUGGCUUGCCAAACAUUAUUCACAAUACAUCUGAUGGUCCUAUUCAGUUUGGGCCUGUAUUUCAUAAGGAAUUUUUGUUAGAGGUUCAAAAAUUACAGAAACAGAUAGAAUUCCUUGGACAAGUUGAAGGGAAAGGCCUUGAUAAAAUCUGUUAUGCUCCUCUUCGUUCACAAUUUUAUUCUGAAACCAAUGUUAAAGAAUGUGUUAUACAGAGUAUCUGGGGCUAUUUUACAAAUACUGAAUUCGAGGAAGAACCAGAAGACCUAGAAGAUUCCGAUGAUCCAGAUGCUGAACCAGCAACAUAUUUAGAUCACUUCAAAAAAUGUUCACAGAAUCCAUAUAAUAUUGACUGUUUAGCUUCAUAUGGUGGUCCAGUAGAUCCUGCAAUUGCUGUUGGUGGAUUUUUAGAGCCCGGAGAGCAGCUUGAUAGCCAACCUAAGUAUGAGAGAGCUACAGCUAUAAUUCUUACAUUUCUUAUUAACAAUUACCACAAUAAGACAAAAUUAGCUCCAGCCCUAGAAUGGGAAAAAAAAUUUAUAGAAUUCAUGGAGAGCUGGACAGAAAAUCAUACAGAAUUUAUGGAUGUUGCUUUCACCUCCGAACGUUCUAUUGAAGAUGAGUUAGACAGGGGUUCUCAUUCAGAUGUUAUGACAAUACUUGUUAGUUAUGUAAUAAUGUUUGCUUAUAUUGCUAUUUCUCUUGGCCAAAUGCGUUCAUGUAGCAGGUUGCUUAUUGAUAGCAAAAUCACGCUUGGUUUAGGUGGUGUUAUUAUUGUUUUGGCUUCAGUAGUGUGUUCAGUAGGCCUUUUUGGUUUUGUGGGUGUUCCUGCUACCCUUAUAAUCAUAGAAGUAAUACCAUUUUUAGUUUUGGCUGUAGGUGUUGAUAACAUUUUCAUUUUGGUGCAAACUCAUCAAAGAGAAGCUCGCCAACAUAAUGAAAGUCAUGCCGAACAUAUAGGCCGCACUUUGGGGCAAGUGGGGCCGUCAAUGCUUCUUACAAGUCUUUCAGAGUCUUGUUGUUUUUUCCUUGGUAGUCUUUCUGAUAUGCCAGCUGUACGAGCUUUCGCUCUUUAUGCUGGUAUGGCAUUACUGAUAGAUUUUAUUUUCCAAAUAACAUGUUUUGUUAGCUUACUUGCUUUGGAUACAUUAAGACAAGCUGCAAACAGACUAGAUGUUUGUUGUUUUGUUCAAGGCGCUAAAGCUGAAAGUAAUGAUAUAACUUCUGAAGGUAUUCUUUAUAAAUUUUUCAAAGUUUUAUAUGUUCCAUGCCUCAUGAACAAAUCAGUUCGGGCAGGUGUCAUGGUGUUUUUCUUUGGUUGGCUUUGCACUAGUAUUGCUGUACUGCCUAGUAUUGAGAUUGGUUUAGAUCAAGAGCUUUCAAUGCCUGAGGAUUCAUUUGUAUUGAAAUAUUUCAAAUUUCUGAAGAAUUAUCUCUCUAUUGGUCCUCCAGUAUAUUUUGUUGUGGAGGGUGAACUGGACUAUUCUGAUUAUGACAUUCAAAAUACAGUGUGUGGGGCACAAUAUUGUAAUAGCUCAUCUUUAGUGACACAAGUUUACAUGGCAUCAAAAAUACCUCGAUCUUCGUUUAUUGCUAGGCCUUCAUCAUCAUGGCUUGAUGAUUAUUUUGACUGGUCUGCUUCUGCAUGUUGCCAGUAUUAUGCUCAGAAUGGUUCUUUCUGUCCAAAUGAUUUCAUAAAUUGUGCAAAAUGCAGCAUUGGUAAAGACGAGGUAACAAAACGUCCAAAUAUUACUUCUUUCAAGAAAUAUUUAACUUUUUUCCUCAAAGAUAAUCCCACCACAUCAUGUUCAAAGGGAGGGCAUGGUGCUUAUGGCCAAGCAGUAAACUACAAUGAAGAUGUGAAAACAGGCUUAGUGAAUUCUGUGGGAGCAAAUUAUUUUAUGGCUUUCCAUAGUCUUAUGAAAACAUCAGCAGAUUAUUAUGAAGCUUUGAGAUCUGCCCGUAAAAUUUCAGCAAACAUAACUGAUUUUAUGAAUAAUCGUCUCAAGGAACUAAAUUCCAAUAAAACGGUCAAUGUGUUUCCUUAUAGUAUAUUUUAUGUUUUCUAUGAACAAUACUUGACAAUGUGGCCUGACACAUUGUUCAGUUUAGGAGUAUCAUUGGCAGCAAUUUUUGUAGUGACAUUUAUUUUGAUGGGAUUUGAUUUCAUAUCAUCUUUGGUUGUUAUCAUAACAAUAUCAAUGAUAAUCAUUAAUAUUGGUGGGCUAAUGUAUUGGUGGAAUAUCUCUCUCAAUGCAGUUUCUUUGGUUAAUUUAGUAAUGGCUGUUGGGAUUGCAGUGGAAUUUUGUAGUCAUUUAGUUCAUUCCUUUGCUGUUUCUGUAGAAGAAACAAGAGUAUCAAGAGUAACCGAUGCAUUAGUCAAUAUGGGAAGUUCGGUUUUCUCUGGUAUAACUUUAACAAAGUUUGGUGGUAUUCUAGUAUUAGGUUUAGCAAAAUCUCAAAUUUUUAAAGUUUUCUAUUUUAGAAUGUAUUUAGGUAUUGUAUUAUUUGGAGCUGCACAUGGUUUGGUGUUCCUUCCAGUUCUCUUAAGCUACAUGGGCUCCCCCAUAAACAAAGCAAAGCUUGUAUACAGAGAAAAACAUGGAUUCAGGGUACAGGAGAACCCUGCUUGUGCAGAAACUGCAUUGAACAGAGGCUGA